AUGUCUUUCUUCGGUUUCGAUACGUCUGGGAACCAGGCGAAGGACAGGGACGGUCGCGAUAUUCAGAAGCCAUUGGACUUCGAAGAUACCUAUAAGGGUCUUGGAGAUUAUGAUAAUGAGGAAGAGGAUUUUUUGAAUGCAGAAACCUUUGGUGCUACAGCGGAAUUUGGUACCGAUUUUGAUUUCGGCCAUGGAAACGGUGGUAAUGAACCAGCUAAUAAUGCAAAUUCCUAUGCUACGGCUAGCAGAUCUUAUGUGGCAGCAGCUUCUUCUGGUGUUGAACACCAGCCACAGGCUACAUUGGAUGCAUCUGUCGAUCUGAAGCCCAUGGAGUCCUUAUGGAGCAGUAGUGGACCAGUUAUUCAGCAACAGGAACAGCCACAAGUUUUGUCAAUGGAGGAAUUGGAGAGACAACAACGUCAGAGACAGAUGGGUGGUCAACCUGGGUUUAUGGGUAUGCCUCCGCCAAACUAUGGUAUGCCUCCGCCACCACAGAUGCAGAUGCACAAUCAGUACCCUGGGCCUUUCCCUCCACAGGGAAUGCAGGGUAUUCCUCCUCAGUUCCAGCAUAUGCCAGUCAUGUUCAACCAGGGACAACCACAGGCGCAAGGAAUUCCCAACCAGGCUCAAUUUUCGCCAAUGUACCAACCUCAGUUGCACAACCAGGGCGAGGGACAGGGCCUGCCAUCUGAACAAGCUGGUCAGGGUGCUUCUCCAGCCCCUCAGGCCUUGGAGUCUCCGAUCCCUGCUCCGCCAGCUCUCUCCCCUCAACCACAGCAACAACAGCAACUGCAACACCCAAUGUCUCCUCCGCAGAUGAUUUCUCCACCUCAUACACCAAGAGAACAUGGAAGACAAAGCCGUGGUCAAUCAAGAAGAGAGCCUUUGACGGCUGAAGAGCAAAAGAGGUUGCAAAUUCGCCAGGCCAAAGUGGAAAAGAUUCUAAGGCACUCAGGUUUGAUGACUCCUCGUGAUAAGGACUUCAUUACCAGGUACCAAUUAUCACAGAUUGUUACCGAUGACCCUUACAAUGAAGAUUUCUACUUCCAAGUUUACAAGAUUAUCCAACGUGGUGGUGUCGUGGGCGAAUCUAACAAGGACUUGAUCGCUCGGGCGUACUUGGAGCACUCCGGUCAUAGAUUAGGCGGCCGUUACAAGCGUGCUGAUGUUGCUUUGCAAAGAAUGCAAAGUCAAGUUGAAAAGGCAGUUACAGUCGCUAAGGAGAGACCUCAAAAGAGUAAGGAUCACUCAGAUGCAGCCCGUGAAGGUGUCUUAGGUAAGAUUUCGUCGGCCAUGAAUAGCAAAGCACCUCGCAGACAGUUACAAAUUCCAGUCCAUAAGACUGGAGACGAAAGUGCAAUUGCUGAUGAUAACAGCAGCGGUAAGGCUUCGCGCGGUUCCACUCCUGCUCUCAAUGUCGUCACUCAGUCUUUAGAGAAAGUUGAGAUAAGCCAGCAGUCGAGAGCAAGAAGAAGAUCUUCUUAUGCUUUUACCUCUGUCGAUCAAAGCUCCGUCUUGUCUCGUUCAGGUGGAAGAAAAUUCGUCUUGUCUUUGAUCGAAACCGUUUAUGAAGAAGUAUUGGAAUUGGAAGCCCAAUUGAGAGGUGGAAGCAACAUCGACAGCACUGCCUUGUGGGAAGCGUUGCAUAUUGGCGAUGAGUCUUACGAAGUUUGUCCCUUUAUCUCAAUGCUUUCGUUCGAUAAAGGUAUCAAGAUUAUGCCUCGUAUCUUCAACUUUUUGAACAAUGGUCAGAAACUGAAAUUGCUCCAGACUUUCUUUGGUGAACUGUCUCACUUGAACAUCAUCAUCAUCAGUUCCUACAAAACUAAUGCCUCACCAACCGAAUCUCAACUGAAACAAAUCGAACUAUUCCAAGCUGUUUUCUUGAAGAUUAUUGUUUCUUUCCUAUCCAGCAGUGCUAAUUUCAUUGAAAUUAUGGGUUUACUUCUCUACUUGAUUAAGAACAAUAACGUCUCGUUCAUCUCCACUUCGAAGAUUGGCUUGAAUUUGAUCACAGUAUUGAUCUCUCGUGCUGCUCUUAUUAGACAGGAUAUUAACAGAAGCAACGUCUUGUCGUCACCAGAAAUUUCAGCAUGGAAUGAAGUUUAUGACAAACUAUUCACGUCUUUGGAGACUAAACUCUCUUUGGUCUUUCCUCCAAAAGAAUACACUGACAAGGUUGUGAGGACGACCCUUGGCUCAGUAAGCGGUUCGCCACCUGUGAUCGCAGCCUCUCCACAACACUACGACCAGGCCUACAUCUGGCAAUUUCUAGCGUCCUUAGCACUAAGCGGGAAGCUCAAUCAUCAACGAAUAAUAAUUGACGAGAUAAGAGAUGAGAUCUUUGGCACCAUUAACGUAGCUGAAGAGUUGGGCAAGGGUCAAGAAGAUCAACCUGCUUCACAGUACAAGAAGGACAAGUUGUACCAAGACUUGAACUUGUUCUUGAAUGUUAUGGGUCUGGUCGCCAGAGAUGGUGAGAUUACAGAACUGAAAUGA